AUGAAACUCUUAAAAAUAAUUUAUUCAGAUAAAGUGAAAAUAAAUCUAUUUACUAAUGAUAGAGCAAGAUAUGUUAGAUAUUACCUAGGAGAAAAACAUAACAAAAAAAAUAUUAUGCCUAUAGUAAAACACGGAGGUGGAUGUGUUAUGGUCUGGAGUGUAUACCAUAUUAAGAUAUUGGUAGACCAGUAUUUAUCGGAAAAUUUACGAUAG